AAAUUUUAUCAAAAACAAAUCAUACAGUGUGUGAACUCUAUGUUAGGUGAAGUGCUGCUACUUUUAUAAUGUGGCAUCCACUUAAAACCUCUAAUAUAAUGGUCUGCAUUCAAAGUGGAACAAAACAGACAGCCAAAGAAGCAUCAAAAAUCAACAAUGGAAUCAAAGCUUACCAUCAAGAUUCCUCUCCUCCACUUGUGUAUCUUCUUUCUAACUGUUUCCACUCUCCACCGCCAUGGGGCCGCCAGUUCUGGGGCGGAAAAUGAUUCAAUAUCCCCCUUUAACGAUUCGUUGGAAGACCUGUUGCAGGAGUUACUGGGAUCAGAGAUUACAAGAAGGUAUUUGGAACAGAAAAAGUACAUAUCUGCCGAUGCUUUGAAAAGAGACCAACCCGUGUGUAAUGGUGGCGGUAAAGGUGUAGCUUAUACAAAAACAGAAAGUUGUACACCUCCUUCAUCUAAGCCUUAUAACAGAGGGUGCUCAAAGAUUUAUCGGUGCGAGCGUUGAGUAAAGUUAAGAAUUUGCUUGAUAAAACAGAAUGAUUCAAACUUGAUCAUGCAUGUUUCUUGUUUGUUGUUUUUGUCAAUUGGAAACCUUGUAAAGUUUAAGAGAUUGAUUCAAACUUGAUCAUGAAUCUUAUCUACUUAUCAAGUUAUCAUCAACUUUCUUGAGUUA